AUGUCACCUGCCACCUUCGCAUCGACCUCGACCUCCGUCCGGCAUGGAACCCCCUUUGCAGCGGCCCUCCGCUUUCACCAGCAGAAGCUGUCGUUGCGUCGUCGCAGCAGCCAAGAGGACGAAAAGAACGCCGCGGCGGGAGAUGCUAUCGUCCAGACUGUUGCUGAUGGGGACCAGAAAGUCGUCGUCCCGGACGAUGAUGAUCCAUCGCCAGAGUCUUCGGAGGUGACGACUGAAAAGCAGCUCGAGAUGCAGCCCGCGCGUCGAUUCGAUGCCGCGGCGCACACCCACCCGCUCUUCCCCCCUCUUCCUACGUACGGUCCUCCGUCGCUGCUGCGCAGCAUGCAAUGGCAGGCUCUCCGCGCGAUCUCCUUCUGUCUGUCGCUGUCCUUCCUGGGCGUCAUUGUGAUGGGUUCCUGCCUAAGUGGCGUUUCGGUUGGAUUGAGAAACCUCGGCACGAGACUAUGGCGGCGGAACCCAGCCACACGGCGACGGUUCCAUGAAGAAGAGAGGGAAAGGAGGACUGCUAGGCAGAAGGCGGCAAGAAGGUGGAAGCGUCGACAACGGAAGACGCUGGGAAAGGACCUCACCAAGACUUUGGAGACUGCAGAGGAUGAAGAUUGCGAGGACGGGGCUGCUGAAGAUGAAUUCCCGCCGUUGGAAGGGGGAAAGGACCCGAUCGUAUGCGACGUGGGAUAUUAUGCGAGGAGGGUUGGUCUCGAUGUGGAGACGUUCAAAGUGCAAACGGAAGAUGGCUUCAUCCUCACGCUGUGGCAUGUCUACAAUCCGAAGGAGUAUACGCCGCUGCCGGCUGAGCAGAGAGGUCCCCGUCGGCCAGACGUGUUCUACGACAAAAAUGAGAGACCGCUCCCGUCCUCGAACCGCCGGUACCCUGUCCUGCUGAUCCAUGGCCUGCUGCAAAGCGCCGGCGCGUACUGCACCAAUGACGACGACAGUCUGGCGUUUUAUCUGUGCAAGGCCGGAUAUGAUGUGUGGUUGGGGAACAAUCGCUGCGGGUUCGACCCGGAGCACGCGACGUUGUCAUACUCGGAUCCGCGCAUGUGGGCCUGGAAUAUCCGCCAUAUGGGCGUGUUCGACCUGCCUGCGCUCGUGUCUCGAGUUUUGUACGAGACGGGGUUCGAGAAGCUGGCGCUGGUCUGCCACAGCCAGGGCACGUCGGAGACGCUCGUCGCGCUGGCCAAGGACCAACGGCCCGAGCUGGGGGAGCGCAUCUCGGUGUUUUGCGCUCUGGCGCCGGCUGCCUAUGCGGGGCCCCUGAUCAAGAAGAUGUACUUUCGGUUCAUGAGCAUGCUCUCUCCAAGCAUGUUCCGGCUGUGCUUUGGCAUCCACGCCUUUAUCCCGUUCAUGAUGACCAUGCACAGGCUUCUCCCUCCGCGGGUCUACGGCGCGCUGGGGUACCGGGUGUUUUCGUAUCUAUUCGGCUGGACCGAUGUACGAUGGGACCGGGCUCUGCGCGACCGGAUGUUCCAGUUUGCGCCCGUGUACGUCAGCGCGGAGAGCAUGCGCUGGUGGUUGGGGCGAGACGGGUUCGCGCGGCAGAAAUGCAUCCUCUCGACGAGGGAGCAGGGCCAGCAGGAAGAAGAAGAAGACCGGCGGUACGCGGACGGACUCGUCGACGUCGACGACAGCGGCGAGGAGCGUGGCUCGAACGCAUGGUACGGUCCGCAAGUACCCCCGUUUGCGCUGUGGAUCGCAGGGGCCGACGACCUCGUAGACGGACGGCGACUGCUGCGGCGGCUGCAGAACGGUCGCGAGCCGCACGUGCGGCUGGUGCACUGGAAGAUCAUCGACGAGUACGAGCAUCUGGACGUGCUCUGGGCGAUGGAUGCUAUUGAGCAGGUUGGGCGGGAGGUGCUGGAGGUGAUUUGGCGGACGGUGCCGGAGGAUGCGAGGGCUGUGUGUCGGGUUCCGAGGGGUUAUAAUGUGAAUAUAGGGCAUGAUCACAUGUUCCCUCUAGCUCUCUAG